AUGACAUCAAGAGUCGGAGCUUCUGAAUUAGCUAAGACUGAAAAACUGAAUGGGACAAAUUUCCAUGCAUGGAAGCGUAGAAUAAUGUUGGUCUUGACCUUAGAAAGACUCGUUUAUGUAAUCAACGAGCCUUUUCCAAUUUUAGGAGACAAACACACAGAUGAAGAGAAAAAGGCAUAUGAGUCAUUUUCUUCUGAUGAUUUAAUGGCUAAAACAAUUAUGUUAGCCUUCAUGGAAGAUGAUCAAAUCAGAGUCUUUGAGGAUUGUCCAACUGCCAAGGAUAUGUUUGAUACUAUCGCUUCCAAAUACAAUACCAUGACUGCGAUGCACAUACAGCUACUGCAAGAACAAUACAAUUCCUAUAGGAUGAAAGAGUCAGAUAAUGUAAUGGACCAUGUCAAUAAGAUGUUGGUCAUGGCUAAAGAUUUAGCUGUGGUAGGGAAUGUCAUAUCUGACAAUAUGCAGAUCAGCACAAUUCUGAACAGCCUACCUCCUUCUUGGGAUAUGGCAGUUACUGCUUUGAGUGUUCAAUUUGAUACCCUUACGUUAGAAAAGCUUCCUAUACAGUUAGCUCUAUAG